AUGUCUGCGUAUAAAUAUUGGCAAUAUUUAAUGAGAUUGUUAGAAAAAGUUUGUCAUACAGAUAACGUUGAAAUGAAUACUUUUACUAUUAACAUCGUUUUACUGGCUACAGUUAUAGCAUCUCGUAUUCGUGUUGCCAAUUGUGCAUCUGAUACUUAUGUUGCUCAUACACAAAAAAUAUCAUCAGUUCAAUUUCAACCUCCAAUAAUUGAACAUUAUCUUGAUACAGUCAAUGCUAAAUCAAUUAUAUAUUGUGUUGCUGCUUGUAAUAAACAUGAUCUAUGUCGUACAUGUGAUUAUGAUAGUUCGACAAAACAAUGCCGUUUAUUUGAAUCACUUGGAUCAACUGGUACACUUAUUCCAUCAAUACAUACAAGUAGUGUUUUUAUUCUUAAUUAUUGUUUACAAAAAACAAACAAUUAUGAUUUGUCGACUAUCUAUUCAGAACCUGAUUAUAUUUGUACACCAGCUUCGCCAGGACAAUCCAUGACUGUUUAUGAUGCAUUUCAAAAAUUAAUUGUAGCAAAUAAUAAUGUUCCACUUCCAUUAGCUGAACGAGAUGUGUAUAUGUCAUCAAACGGUUUCUAUACAUCAUCUAGUGAUAGUAGUGCAAUUCGUCAUUAUGGUUAUAAUGGACAAUUGAUAACAGCAUAUGCAUAUGGUUCUUCAUUAGGCUGUAUCAACUACAAUCCAAAAAUAAAUACAUUUAUUGUUUGUCCUUACAGUAUUCCGCGUCUUGAAACCCAAUUAUUCAAUCCAAAUACGAGUACUACAAUGUCACAACAAAAUAUUUCAACAGUGGGUCCUCCAUUCUAUUCUUAUUAUGAUACCAAUCGCCUCUAUAUUAGUUAUCGUUCAUCUGCAAGUCCAAUAACAAUUCAUUUAAUUAAUGGAACAAAAAUUCUUACUGCAGAUUCACAAAGUACGGGUUCUUUUACUCCAUUUACUUUAUGGCAAUCACAACUAGUUUUUGGUACAGGUAAUUCGAUUUCUUUAUUUAAUCUGAAUGGAACAUAUCAAUCAUCAUGGUCAUACAAUUUUUCAAGUGCAGUGUCAGUCAUUGGAUUUAUUCAACAUGAUUAUGCUGGUCGUCGAUAUUUCAAUGAUUAUAAUGCAAACCCAAGUAACAAAGGUGUUUAUAUUUAUAAUCAAAACUCCACUUUCUAUACAGUAUUGAAUCGUGCAUGUAUAUGGACAUGUGCAAUUAAAAUAACAAAACGUAAUAUAACUCUUGUAUCUCUACAAAGUCCCAAUUCUUCAUUGUAUUAUUACAAUUUUUAA